AUGAUACUGAUAAAUUGGGUUUGUGUAGUGGGAGAGGGGAAGGGCAAUUUGGGGAGAGUUUAGGGGGGUUGAGAGUUGAUUGGAUCAGGUAUUCUUUGAAAUUCUGAAACAGAAAAAGAAUGGCAAAAUCCACAAAACUGUUCAGCUUGUGUUCCCUGCUGAUGGCCAUGCUCUUUUCUUACUCAGCAUCAGUCCAGUUUAAUGAUCCUGACUGGUACUUUUGGUUCCCUCUCUAUGCAUGUGCUUGUGUUGUUAAUCUGGUAAACAGGGCAAUCUCACCCAUGGGAAGAAUCCAGCAUUUGGCCAAGGGAACUCUAUGGCUUGGAAUAUUCUUGUUUAUAAAAGUUGUAGUUGAGGAUCAUUUGAGUGGAAUAGCAGGAUUCUUGUCAUUAGAUUUGACUGAGAGAGCUGUAAGAGAGAAAAUAGGGAGUGGGUUGGUCAUCACCUCCAUGAUUUUGCAUCUUAUAGCAACAUCAGAACCAUUGGAUCCCAAGCAGAGGAAGGAAAACAAAGUCAGCAAAUAUGUAGGAUAUGGGAUGGCAAUCUUGGUGGGAUUUAGCUUUGGACAUCCAUUUGUCUUCCUGGUGAUUCAGAAGGGAGAAAUCAAGUUGUGAACAGAACGGAAUGCCUGCAACAAUUCCUUACUCGGUUCAGUAAGAUACAAUCGCAGUGACAUCUCAUAUCAUAGUUGAAAGACUGACUAUUUUACCAAUGCACCACCUGCAACCUUUGCAUUCCAAUUAUGCUGUAACAGAUGUCUCAAGAAAAAGAACAUGGACAGAUAACAACCAUGCCAUUGAAUAGAUGCCCCAGAUUCAU